AUAUAUAACAAACCAUAAGCCCCCCAGUUAUAUUAUUACAUAUCAUACAGUAAUAAUUUACCAUUAUUAUUAAUUUAUCUAUGUAUAGACAGCACUUUCAUGAUGUACAUAGUUAAGACAGGAAAAACAUCAACUGCUUUCUAUAAUGUGUAGUUUUAAUCUAUAAUAGGGGUCAAUGAAGUUGUCCACCCCAAAAUGUAUUUCUAAAUAAAUUAUAUAAUUGAAAAUACAUAGUUAACAUAAUCUGGAUCCACUUUUGAAAUAAUUAACAUAAUAAUAAUAACACAAUAGCAUACAUUUUGAAUGUUUUGAUUAUGCUUCCCCCUAUUGACCCCGCUCAGUGGUCUGAACGGAUGUAUAUCCAAAAAUAAGUGGAAAUUAUGUCAAUUUACUUCAUCCUGAUACCUGGGCUUGCUAUUGGACUACACACAGUUACUGAUGACUGGCACGUUAUGCCUCUAUGCCUAUUAGAGAGACUGAAUUGUGCAUUUGUGGAAGUCUGGAUCUGUAAAAUAGGCAAAUAUGUAGAGUGGCCUAUAGUGAUUACUGAAAAAUGUUUUACAUCACUAUUGGAUGACACUGUGUGGUAAAUACCAGCUGCACAUGUCAAAACUGACAGAACAAUGUGGUUCUGCACAAACGUCCGUGGAAUUGUCACAGGUCUAUUGUCUGAUUACACUCAAACGUAGAGACAAAACACGCUCAGAGCUCAGGAGCCAUUGUUCAUUGUAUUCAGUGGUUUUAACGGUUCCAGAUAAAGUGCCAUUCUCAACAGGCACUGACACAGCACAUCCACCACACAGAUCUGUAGUUUACCUGCAUGUUCCCCAAAAUACAGCAGUGAUCAUUGAAGAGAUGGAUGUUUGCUGGACUGAUGUCAGUCUCCUGGUGACACUGGCCCCGAAGAUUAGAGGUUGUGGCGUACACGUGCAUGUGGCACGAGAUUUUUUGUAACGUAUUUCACAAUAGGAAGAAGGGGAUCUUGCCAAACUCUCUUUUACUGACGGACUGAUAAUCCUCUGCAGGAUGAGGACUGAAGUUCUGCUGCUGGUUGCGGGGUUGUGUGUGUUGAAUGUCACAUCGUCACUGAAAAUCUGCGCUUUCAAUAUUCAGAGUUUUGGUGAGGCAAAGGCAAACAACCAGAAGGUGAUGGCGAUUCUAUUGAAGAUCCUUUCUCGGUGUGACUUGUGUCUCAUUCAAGAGGUCCGAGACUCUAAAGGGGAAGCAAUACAAACUUUGGUUAAGGAUCUGAACAGAUUUGACAAAUCCAACUCCUACUCCUACGUGGAGAGUGAAAGGCUGGGUAGAAAAACCUACAAGGAACAGUAUGUCUACAUUUACAGGGACGACGUGUUGAAGGUCAAAGAGCUUUAUCAGUAUCCAAGAGUGGAUGAAGGGACCAAUGAAACUGAUGUUUUCUCCAGAGAGCCUUUCAUCAUCCGCUUUCACUCCCCCACAACAUUGGUGAAGGAUUUUGUGCUGAUUGGCCAGCACACCAGUCCAAAAACUGCCAUGAAGGAGAUUGAUGAGCUGUAUACUGUCUUCAAAGGAAUUUACAGGAAGUGGAAGAAUGAUAACGUGAUGAUCCUGGGUGACCUCAACGCCGGCUGCAGCUACGUCACCAUCAAGGGCUGGAGAGCAGUGCGUCUGAGGAGUGACCCCAGGUUCCGUUGGUUAAUUGGAGAUGAACAAGACACUACUGUGCGGAAGAAGACGCACUGCGCCUACGACAGGAUCAUCGUCCAUGGACGUGAAAUCAUUUCCAGCGUAGUGCCAGGUUCAGCUCAACCGUUCAACUUUAAAGAGAGUUUUCAUCUCACUGAACAGGAGGCUCUUGAGGUGAGUGAUCAUUUUCCAGUGGAAGUUGACCUGAAGCCCAACCACCGCUACCUCCUCCGCCACGAGCUGUGAACCACUUAGGAUGAGCAUUACCAAACCAGGACUUCUUCUUUAUAACUGUAGUUUUAAUCAG